AUGACACUGGACGCGGCCAUCAGCGUCCUGCUGCUCCUGGUGCGAAGCGGCAGUGCAGCUGCCUCGGCAUCAACAGCUCAAAAGCCACACAUCAUCCACAUUCUGGCGGACGACUUUGGCUGGGCAGACGUUGGUUAUCAUCGUCAAGCAGGAGAUGGCGACGUUCGAACGCCCAACCUGGAUGCAUUGGCCAGGUCUGGCAUCGAGUUGGAUCGAUUCUACACCUAUCAAUUCUGCUCUCCAGCACGGAGUGCAAUCCAGACUGGGAGGAAUCCCAUUCACGUGAACGUUCAAAACGUCAAUCCUGAAUGCGUCAACUCGCGGGAUGUACUGGGUGGUUUUCAAGGCAUUCCGCUGAAUAUGACGGGAAUAGCCAGCCAUUUGAAAGCCGCCGGCUACAGCACUCAUAUAGUUGGUAAGUGGGAUGUAGGGAUGGCCACUCCGCAACAUCAUCCCCGAGCUCGUGGCUAUGAUAGUUGGCUGGGAUACUGGCAUCACAGCAAUGAUUACUGGCAACACACUGUUGAUCAGUGUGGCUUGCACAAGAUGCGAGAUCUCUGGCAAUACAACACAUCCUAUGAUGGCCCGGCCUGGGCGCUUGCGAACGGACCCUCCUGCUCACAAAGCAACCAGCAUCCAUCGGGUGAGACUUGCAUUUACGAAGAAGCUCUCCUCACGGAUGCUGUCAAAGACGUGAUUCGGGAGCACAAUCUGUCAAGACCGCUUUUCCUGUUCUGGUCAAUGCAUUUGGUGCACAUGCCGCUGCAGGUCCCUUUUGCUUUUGAACAGAAGUUUGCACACGUCAAGGAGAAACACCGGCGUUUGCUGCAUGCAAUGGUGAACUACAUGGACGAGCAAGUUGGAGAUGUCGUCCAGCUGCUCAAGGAGAGGGAGAUGUGGAACAGGAGCCUUGUAGUUUUCCACAGCGACAACGGUGGCGAGAUUAUGGGUGCUGGGAUGUGUGGAGGCAACAACUGGCCGUUGCGAGGAGGUAAGUUCUCCAACUUCGAGGGCGGAAUCCGUGUUAACGCUUUCGUGACCGGUGGGCUUGUGCCGCCAUCCCGUCGUGGUGCUCGCGAUGAGGGCUUUGCAGCAGCAUGGGACUGGUACGCCACUUAUGCAGCGCUCGCCGGCGUAGAUCCCUAUGAUCAUCAGGCGGCAGCAGCUGGGCUGCCGCCGCAUGACUCCUUGAACCUGUGGCCGUGGCUGUCUGGAGAAGUUGCACGUUCCCCGCGUGAGGAAGUGCUCAUUGGCGAGACUUCUUCUGCGACACCCAACGGCGAUGGCCAGACCUUCGUCGGCGGAGUCAUCCGCGGGAGAUACAAGCUGCUCGUUGGAGUGGACGUGCGUAAAUGGAACUCCAUGGGUCUUCGGCGGCAAGUCAGUCAGAACGUAAUAACCGGGCCGCGCUGGCCAAACACAAGCAGCCACUUAGUGCCGCUUCUGCAUCCACGUCGCUGUGGCACGGACCCACAACAUGGAUGCCUCUUUGACAUUUUCCAAGAUCCAGGCGAAUCUACAUCGAUUGCUGCCCAAAAGCUGGACGUGUUCCGGGAGAUGCUGUCUCGGGUGGACGAGCUGCAGAAAGCUGUUUACUCCCCAAAGAGAGGCUCCAAGGACAUGGCUGCGUGUAGAAAGGCGCAAACUCAGUACAAGGGCUACUGGGGUCCAUGGCUGCUGACUGAGUUUGCAGUCAACCAAAUCUUGGUUUAA